UUCCCAGCUACGUGCUUUGUAGCUAUUCUCCGUUUAUACAGCGGUGGAUGUGAGUCGACGCUUGGAGACGCAAACCCAGGAGUGGAAGCGGCAAAGAUCUGAACGCAGGGGAUUGUGUUGGGGUGCACAAUUCACAGACCUCCAAUAAAUAAAGGAUACAUUUCAAGAUGUAUCCACAGGGCCGGCAUCCGGCACCCCACCAACCUGGUCAACCAGGCUUCAAAUUCACAGUGGCCGAGUCCUGUGACAGGAUCAAAGACGAAUUUCAGUUCCUGCAAGCCCAGUAUCACAGUCUCAAGGUGGAGUAUGACAAACUGGCCAAUGAGAAGACAGAGAUGCAGCGUCACUAUGUCAUGUACUACGAGAUGUCUUAUGGGCUUAAUAUUGAAAUGCACAAACAGACGGAGAUCGCCAAACGGCUUAAUGCAAUUUUAGCCCAAAUUAUGCCUUUUCUGUCACAAGAGCACCAACAGCAGGUGGCACAGGCUGUUGAACGUGCCAAGCAAGUGACAAUGAGUGAGCUGAAUGCCAUCAUCGGGGUACGUGGACUUCCCAAUCUGCCCCUCACCUUUGUCUUUCCACAGCAGCAGCAGCUCCAGGCCCAACACCUAUCUCACGCUGCCCACGGCCCUGUGGCACUGCCCCCCCACCCUUCAGGCUUACAGCCCCCCGGCAUCCCCCCAGUGACAGGCACCGGUUCAGGCCUGCUGGCACUGGGAGCGCUGGGCAGUCAGCCACACCUCCCAGUAAAGGACGAGAAGAAUCACCACGACCUGGAGCACAGAGAGAGCACGAAUAACUCCAUCUCUCCAUCCGACAGCCUCCGCACUGCCAGUGAGAAACACCGGGGCUCCUCAGACUACAGCCUGGAGUCCAAGAAACGUAAAGUGGAGGAGAAGGACAACAUGAGCAGAUAUGACAGUGAUGGAGAUAAAAGUGAUGAUCUAGUGGUUGACGUCUCCAACGAGGACCCAGCCACGCCCAGAGCCAGUCCCGCCCACUCACCUCCUGAGAAUGGCAUUGACAAGCCCCGCCCCCCUAAAAAGGACACUCCGAACAGCCCUGCCUCCGUGGCCUCUUCUGGCAGCACUCCUUCCUCUAAAACCAAGGAGCACAGCCAUAAUGAUAAAUCCUCUACGCCUGGUCUCAAGUCCAACACUCCCACACCUCGAAAUGACGCCCCCACCCCUGGAACCAGUACCACCCCGGGACUGAGGCCCAUCCUUGGAAAACCCCCUAUGGAGGCUCUUGCUGCUCCUGCCCUGAGAACACCCCUCUCCAUCGCCGGCUCUUACCCCACACCUUUUGCCAUGAUGGGCCAUCACGAGAUGAACGGGACGCUGACCAGCCCUGGAGUUUACGCUGGCCUGCAUAUCUCCCCGCAAAUGAGCGCAGCCGCCGCAGCAGCCUAUGGCCGUUCGCCCAUGGCGGGGUUUGACCACCACAUGAGAGCCCCAGGUCUGCCCGCCAGUCUCACGUCCAUCUCAGGAGGAAAGCCAGCUUACUCAUUCCACGUCAGUGCUGACGGACAGAUGCAGCCUGUGCCCUUCCCUCCAGAUGCUCUGAUUGGACCAGGGAUCCCACGCCAUGCCCGUCAGAUCAACACGCUGAGUCACGGGGAGGUGGUGUGUGCGGUUACCAUCAGCAACCCCACUCGUCAUGUCUACACGGGUGGCAAAGGCUGCGUUAAGAUAUGGGACAUCAGCCAGCCGGGUAGCAAGAGCCCGGUGUCACAGCUGGACUGCCUGAAUCGGGAUAACUACAUCCGCUCCUGUAAACUGCUCCCUGACGGCCGCACACUGAUCGUGGGUGGAGAGGCCAGCACGUUGACCAUCUGGGACCUGGCCUCCCAGACACCUCGUAUCAAAGCUGAACUCACCUCUUCCGCCCCAGCCUGCUACGCCUUGGCUAUCAGCCCCGACGCCAAGGUCUGCUUCUCCUGCUGCAGUGACGGAAACAUCGCUGUCUGGGAUCUUCAUAACCAGACCCUGGUCAGGCAGUUCCAGGGCCACACAGACGGUGCCAGCUGCAUCGAUAUCUCUCACGACGGCACCAAGCUGUGGACGGGAGGUCUGGACAACACGGUGCGCUCCUGGGAUCUGAGGGAGGGACGGCAGCUUCAGCAGCACGACUUCACCUCACAGAUCUUCUCGCUGGGCUACUGUCCUACGGGCGAAUGGCUGGCUGUAGGCAUGGAGAGCAGCAAUGUGGAAGUGCUUCACCACACCAAACCAGACAAAUACCAACUCCACCUGCAUGAGAGUUGCGUACUCUCCCUCAAGUUUGCCUACUGUGGUAAAUGGUUCGUGAGUACAGGGAAGGACAAUCUGUUGAACGCAUGGAGGACUCCCUACGGCGCCAGCAUAUUCCAGUCAAAGGAAUCUUCAUCAGUCUUGAGCUGUGACAUUUCUGCAGAUGACAAGUAUAUCGUCACAGGCUCUGGUGACAAGAAGGCCACGGUCUAUGAAGUGAUCUACUAA